AUGAAGCGUUUUGCCAGCCUUCGCAAAGACAAACCAAAGCUAGCCACCGAGACGAAGCCAGUCACCGAGAUGGCACCAACGCCCGAGAAAGAGGCCGCCUCUCCGGCCGCUACUCCCGUCACCGCCGUGUCGUCCGCGACACCCGCGAGACAGGAAACAAUCUCCAGCAUUGCUAGCGACGAAGCGGUUCCCGAUAGUGACCCCAAUACCACCGCCGGCCUGCUCGCCCAGAGAUUGCAGGCGUGGAAACAUGCCGUCGUCUACCUCGAGGAGUACAUGGAGGCCGUGGAGAAGAUCCAUAAGGCACAGGCGAAGGAGUAUGAGAGGGUGUUGAAGACUAUCUCGAAACCCCUUAGGGAGGGGGAGCACUUCGACCAGACCCUCGGCGGCGUCGCCGGCUUCUUCGAGAACAUGCGCGUCAACACGCAGGCGCUGAUCAACUCCAACCUCGAGACGGAAAAGAACAUCAAGGGCACCGCGCUCCCGGUUGUCGAGCGCUUGCAUAAGGAGAUCAAGCACAAGGCCAAGGAGCUGGCCCACGGCGCUGAAAAGGGGGCCAAGGAAGUUGAGAAGGCGCGCAACACCACGCAGAAGCACAUUGAGCUGCUGGGCCAGCACACCGCCUCAUUCGAGGCCACCGGCGGCAAGCACACCCCGGCGGAGGACCCCUACGUCAUCUCGCGCGGCGUGCUGCACCGCUUGUCGAAGCAGGUGCUCGAGGAGAACAACCAGCACAACGACUUGGUGGCCGUGCAGGCCAACUUCGAAACCUUCGAGCGCCACAUCAUCCAGGUCCUGCACCAGGCCAUGGAGUCCUUCACCAACCUGACCGGUGGCCAGGCCCUCAAGGUGCAGGCCCUACACACCGAUAUGCUUGGUGCCGCCCAGCGCGUCCCGCCCGACUUCGAAUGGAAGGCCUUCGUCAAGCGGUCCGGCCACGCUCUGGUUGACCCAGCCGAGCCGCCACGCACCGUCGAGGGCAUCCAGUUCCCCAACAUGACGCACUCCUCGACGAAGCCGCUGAUCGAGGGCUCGCUCGAGCGGAAAUCGCGCAACAAGCUUUCCUGGGGCUACACCACCUCCUACUACGUCAUCACCCCGUCCAAGUUCCUGCACGAGUUCAAGGACGACGACAACGUCCGCUACGACCCAACCCCGGAACUGUCCAUCUACCUCCCCGACGCCGUCAUCGGCGCCCCGCACGGCGAGAAGUUCAACGUCAAGGGCAAAGACCGCUCGGGCGGCUUCGGCGGCAAGCUCGCGGGUACCUCGGAGCUCGCCUUCAAGGCCCACUCCGCGGCCGAAGCGGAGAAGUGGUUUUCCGUCAUCCGCGGCGUCGCGGGCGCUACUGGUCCGGCCGCGACCAGCUCAACCCCGGGUAGCGAGGUUACCAGCCCUGUCAGCGCGACGGCGUCCACGACGGCUCUGGGCGCCACUGGUUCCGGCAGCAGCGAGAAGCCCAAGCCGGUCGUUGCUGUGCCUGCGGCUCAGGAGUCGGGGAUCACGGGUGGCGAGACGGUGGCUAGCCCUGUUGCGGCUUCGGUGACGAGUGCGGCGGCUACGCCUGUGACGGCGAGCGCGCCUGGUUCAGGUGACUCGAAGGGACCUGUACCUGCUACGGCUGCUGCGGAGACCACGACUGCGAGCGCGGAGAAGGCGGCUGAGGCGAAGGCUUAG